AUGACUGAUCCACUCCGACGCGUUGCCAUUGUUGGCAGUGGUAAUUGGGGUUCGACGAUUGCAAAAAUCGUUGGCACAAACAUAUUGAAAUUCAAUACGUUUGAAAAUGAGAUUCGAAUGUAUGUCUAUGAAGAAAUGGUUAAUGGCCGGAAAUUGACCGAAAUCAUCAAUCAAGAACAUGAAAAUGUCAAAUAUUUACCAGGUCAUAAGUUCCCACCUAAUGUUGUCGCAUAUUCUGAUGUGGUGGAUGCAGUGAAAGAUGCAGAUAUUCUAUUGUUUAUCUUACCUCAUCAAUUUGUAGAACGUACAUGUUUAGCAAUAAAAUCUCAUGUCAAGAAAACAGCAUUUGCUGUCUCCUUUUCUAAAGGUUUUUAUGUUAGUAAGGAUAAACGUGUCGAAUUACUGUCCACAGUGAUUAGUCGUUUAUUGGAAGUUCCUUGUUACGUAUUAAUGGGUGCUAAUAUUGCCAGUGAAGUGGCAGCUGGAACAUUUUGUGAAGCGACAGUGGGUUCAAGAAAUUACGAGCAUGGACAACUAAUCAAAGGUCUCAUCCAAACCGAUGAAUUUCGUCUCGUUAUCAAGCCAGACACAGAAGUCAUCGAAGUCCUUGGUGCUUUGAAGAAUAUCGUGGCUGUUGCCGCUGGAUUCUCAGAUGGCUUAGGAUACGGUGAUAACACGAAAGCUGCAGUGAUUCGACUUGGAUUGAAAGAAAUGGUGAAAUUUUGUGAAGAAUUCUUUCCCGGGCAUCAUCCACAGAUCUUUUUAGAAUCAUGUGGCGUUGCCGAUUUGGUGACAACCUGCUAUGGUGGCCGAAAUCGUAAAGUAGCUGCAGCUUUUGUUAAAACAGGCAAAGAUAUCAGAACAUUGGAAGAAGAAAUGCUUAACGGACAAAAACUACAAGGUCCAGAUGCUGCAGCAGAAGUUCAAGAAUGGUUAAAACAAAAAGGGCAAACCAAUAAAUUCCCAUUAUUUGUCGCCGUUCAUGAAAUUUGCGAACGACGGCUAGAUCCGAAAGCUUUAAUCGAUGCUCUUCGAUACCAUCCAGAAUUUUGGUAA